AUGGCAGCCUUCAUGGGGAUAAGAUUUGUGUCUAAAACAGACGCAUUUGUAGUGGAGUGUUGUCAAUUUUUAGGAUAGUAUCGAGGAUAACAUUCAGUUGGUGUCGUGUUCUUGAAGAUUUAAAAGAGUGCAUUUAUUAACAUUUCAGGAAUUAAGACAUUAUACUUCAUGUUUGGAAAUGAGUGCUCACUUCAACGUGUCUUAGCAGUGGAGUUUACGACAGUGAAUUUAUAACAAAGGAUAACGUGAUUCAAACUUAUUUUGAAAAAGUAUCGUAUAUGCCCUGAUGGAGACUAAUGACCACACUGAAUCAGUUUCAAAAAUUGAGGCUAGACAGGAUGAAGAAAGUGCCACUGAUGACAGUGACAAUGGAGAAGUCAUCAUUGAGCUGGACCACACUCAGAUUGGUAGUCCUUCAGAGUCUGACGAAGGAGAGUUGAAUGAAUCAGAAGAUGAGCCUGAAAUAGCGCAGCUAGAUCUAGAGGGAAGGGAUUUCUUUGACAAUGUCUCAGAUGGUGACAUAGAAGAGCCUAUUGAAAUAGGUCAAGGUGGUAUGCAAAAUGAGGAGGAGUCUGAUGUAUGUGACAAAAGCAGUAGCUCUACACAGCCUUGGAGUAAAGUAACAAGUAAAAAAUUACCAGAAUCAACUAGUAUAGAAGGUUCCAUGAGAGGCAAUACAUCACAGUUCCAAAGCAACAGUGAGGAUACCAAACCUAUUUCUGUGUCACAAAUACUGCCAAAGGUAGCUUCAGCAACUUCCAGCUCAGGAAAUUUGCCUUCAAAUGAAAGAACAGAAUCCUCCUUCUGUAGUGAUGAGAUGGCUGUAAGUUCGUCUCAGCAGCCGAGGAAAGAAAAAGAAGGUGAAACAAGAUCUGUAGCAGACGAUUCAAAGAUGCCUCCUUCCAGCUCUUCUGGUCCUGAAGCUGAUUUACCACUUGAAAUCUUGUCCUCCAUGGAAGAAGCAUCAAAAAAAUUAGAUAAAAAUGUCAGAGGAGCUUCUGAGGGUGAUGACUUUGACACAGAAGUAUCUAGUGCUGGAGAUGCUAACACACAGCCUUCAAAGUCCACAGAUUUGUUUGGCAAGGACGAUGAACUAUCUGAAGAUAUGGAUCCUGAGCAGCGAGCUGCACAUGCUGAGGUGCAGCGUAUCAAAGAGCAGUUGGCCUCCCUUGGCGCAGAACCUGUUUCUGAUCCCGAGAGUGGAGAAGACAUGGGAUCUGACGAAUCCUCUCCUGAGGCUGUUUCAGACUAUGAACCAUCAGCUUUUGUGACCUCCACAUCCCGACACACAAGCAGCUAUGGUGGUGGUGAGCAGUUGCAAAAGGGGUCCAGAAGAGGUGCUCAUUUGAAUGAUGCCUCUGUUGACUCAAAGUUAAAAAAUAGUCUAGACAGUAGUAGACAUUCUCAUAGAUCGCUAGUUGAUGGAAGUCACAAGCAUGUUGUGCCUUCUUUAGCAGGCAGACAUUCAGACCACCAGCAGCUAGAUGCUGCCUCAUAUAUGGAAAACAUUUCUGAUGAUGAGAACAUUGGUGAUGAUGAUGAUGAUGAUGAUAUUGAUGGUGAUGAUGAUGAUGAAUUAGGAGAUGAAGGGAUAGUUAUAAAAAAUGAUAGUGGGGAUACCAGGAAAGUGGAGGAAGCCAUAUCGAAUUCCUCAAACCAGCUAGAAUUCGAAGGUGAGAAACAGUCUUCUCCAGAGAAAGUGUCUAGCAGUGAGCGAGUACGGCGGCCAAUAAUGAUUGCUUCCCUUGGGGACAAACGCCAAGUGCAGACGCAUUUUAGUGAAGAACAAGUGGAGCUUGACUACGAAGAUGUAGAUGGCGAAGCUGAGGAAGGGGAGACUAAAGAUGGAGAUGAUGAUGAUGGAAAAGAGGAAGGUGAAAAAUCUGACAAAGACGAAGGAGAGAUAGAUGAAGAUGAUGACUGUGAAGAGGGCGAGAUAAAGGAGCCAGGUAGCAGACGACCAUUUGUUAAACCGACGUGCAGAUUCUACCUUAGAGGGGCUUGUACCUGGGGCAUGAAUUGCCGAUUCCUUCACCCAGGUGUAAAUGAUAAAGGCAAUUACCAGAUGAUUGAACUACCGGGUACAAGAUGGGCAGUGCCACCUGGUCUUCAGGGUCGCCCACCUUGGGCUCCAGAGGUAAUACCAGAACCUGUUGAGCUUCCACCUCCUCCUGAGUUACCUCCUACAGAAUCUGCUUGGGAACGAGGCCUUCGCCAUGCUAAAGAGCAAAUAAAGAAAGCUUCACAGAGAAAAGAGCAAGAGUCCAACUUCGAGGAGAAAAGGCGUAACCUGUCUGUGGAUGAAGAGCGCGAAAUGAACAAAGAGAAUGAACGCCGGACAAUGGUGCAUCCAAAGGACCCCUACUAUGACCAAGCAGCUUAUGAAGAAGAUGAAUAUUACAAACCACCAGGCCUCAAUCCUUGGCAAAUAGGCCGAUAUGAAAACUUCGAAGUUCGAUAUAAUCGGGAACCAUCAUUUUCUCCAUACAGGGAGAAAGCUGAAUAUCUUCCACCACCACUACCGCCUCCUCCUGAGAGAUUUUCACGUCAGUUCAGUCCCCCUGUUGACAAGUUUGGUCGACACCGUGAUGAACGGCGUGAGAAGUAUCGCGAUGACCGCAUGAUGGAAGAAAGGAGAUCAGUCUCCCCACCUCCAUCUAUUCCACUACGCAGGCCAGCAGAUGAAUGGCAUGAUCCCUGGAGAAGGUCAAAGUCUCCAAAGCCCAACAGGAGAGGUCGCAGCCGCUCACGAGUGCGAAGGGGCGACGGUCCCUUAGUGAAUCUUCACUCUCCUCCAAGUAUGUUUUACUUAAAUAUAUUUUUUUUCCUGCGUUCUCGGUCACGAUCAGGAUCCAGGUCAUCUAUUUCAAGGAGUUCCCGCUCAUUAAGCCGUUCAUCUUUGAGUUCCAGGUCAGGGUCACCACAACCACCUCCCCCAGGUGUUGACCGACCAGACAGAAUGUAUAGUCAGCAACAAGCACGAUUUAAUGAUCAGCCUCGCAGUGCUGUGUCAGUGCGAGGUCGAGGAGGCUACCAUCACCGACAGGGCCAUGACCGGGGCAUGGGUCAGGAGGGGGGUGGCUAUGGGCGAGGAAACUACCAGCAGCGCCAGCAGCAACAGUAUCAGCAUCAGCAGCAGCAACAGCAGCAACAACACCACCAGCAGCAGCAGCAGCAGCAACAGGCUCCCCAAGAGCGCCGCUUUCCACCAGGCUACGGCUACAAUCGACCUCCACCAAGAGAGCGGCCACUGGAGCGCAGGUUGCCACCUGGAGCUUUAAGGCCAAAAGGCAAGAUGGGCAGUCGAAGCUCUAGCUUGUCCAGCCAUUCACGUUCACCGUCGAGGUCAAGAUCACGCUCAGGGUCCUCUAGCACUCCCUCCAAAUCGCGUUCCCGGUCACGCUCCAUGAAUCACUCACGAUCUGUUCUGUCGGGUGCCUCACGGUCACACUCAGCUAGCAGUGUGUCUUCCCACUCCUCCACCUCCUCAUCCAGCUCAUCAGGCAGUGCGGACUCAGACAACCUGUACCGUGACCUGGGCAGCCCCUCACGUGCAACCACUUCUCCCUCACCCAAGAAAAAGACAGGAGAAAGAAAACGCAGAUCAGAUGAAGUGUCUCGACGGCCUAUUCUUCCUGGCCAGCCAAUGGGACCACCAGAAAGAGUCCCUAAAGAGGCAAGAAAUGUUCAUCCACCUCGUCCUGAGAGACCUGAUAAACCUGAGCGAAACGACAGACAGGAUCGACCAGCAGACCGUCCAGAACGUCCAGAACGUCCAGAACGUCCCAUUCACCCAGGACGUCCUGAGCGACCACCAGUGGACCGUCCAGAACGUCCCACUCAUCCAGGACGUCCUGAGCGACCUGGUCGAAUGGAAGGACCUGAGCAGGCAGACAGGGAAAGGCUUGAUGGCCGACCGGACAGAAUGGAACGAGUUGAGCGUAUGGACAGAGAACGACAAAUGAUGGCUCGCCAGACCAUGCGUGGGGACAAAGAGCAAGGGAGCAGUCGUCCCCCUCCUCCAGUUCAGAUCAAGGCCAAGGACCCCAUGAAGCUGGUCGGCCUCAAGUCCAACAUCAAGCUCAGUCUUCUAAACAAGCCUACAGACAAAGUGGCAGGUCCGUCACACCCAGAUGUUGUGCCUGUGAAGAGAAAGGCAACAGAUGCUGUUAGUGGAGCCCCACCUCCUAAACGUCCUGCAGUCACAACCUCUCCUGUCAAAAUCUUUUCAGAGAAAACAGCUAAGCCAUCCACUCGCAUAGAAAGGCCAAAGUCUCCUGUUGACACUGUGCGGCAGCCCAAAUCAGCCACAGCAGCCGUCUCUGUCCCAGUCAACUCAAAUGCAGCUUUAUCGGCAGCUGCUGCAUCCAUGCCUACACCAGCCUUACCGACUAAAACCAUUGCAGCUAAGCCCCGCGCAGCAGCUACAAAGCCUGUGGUUACUGCUGCGCCAGCUGCCACAGUUGUUCCUUCCAAGACCCCAGCACCUGCAGUGGCUGCACCCGCUGCAGCAGGCACUGUCACUGCGGCACCAGCAGCUGCACCAGCAGCGACACCUGCACCAGCCAUUGCUGCACCGGCAGUCAAGGCAAAGAAGAGUAUGUCAUCACGAAGGGAAGAGCUGCUGAAGCAGUUAAAAGCCGUGGAGGAUGCAAUAGCUCGGAAGAAGGCCAAGAUGCAGUAAGCAUGGUCAGGACAGAGACUUGAUGAUGGCUUUACUGGGCAGUGAAGCUGAUUAAAUGUUUGCAGGGGAAGGCUGAUGCCAGAAGACGAAUAGGUAAUGUUGGAGGGGGAAGGAAGGGAGAUGGGGUUGAAAGAGAGCGAAAGGAGGUGUGUUUUGAGCUGUUAUGCAAAACAACUUGGGUGAUGACCAAGGUAUGCAUAACUCAUAUGAAGCUCAGGUGUAAAAAUACAUACUAGGCAACACAAAACACUUUGCCACAUGGUCUUGAGGUUAUGUGCAAGGCAAAUAGCUUCACUCGGAAGAUUUGAGGUUGGAGGGGAGUGACUCUUAUAGUCUCAACUCAAACACACAUGACACAACAAAGCAGUUGCUGCUGCUGCUGAUGAUGAUAAUAGAAGUUGUAGUAGAGCACAUUUCCUUGCAUGGAGACAAACUCAGUACACUGUCCAUGAAAGACUACAUACAGAAACAACAAUAUCAGCAAAUGGAGGACACCAUGACAGACAUAAACGAAGUGCAUGAAUGAUGGUAAAGAACUGAGAAGUUAGUGGAUUGCAAAUAAAAUUGUAAAGAUAAAGAUUGCAAAAAAUUUUGAAAUUAGUUCAGCUUAAAAACAAAUUGCACAAAUCUGUCUUGUGUUUAAGUUUGUAAGGAAGUAUUCCAUAGUGUGGGGUCCAUUUCUAUGUUCCAGUGAGAAGGCUUUUUCUUCACCACCCUGUCCCUCUGCCUUUUUUAUUAAAAACAAAAUGAAAUUAUUAAUUCCCGUCAUUUUCAUUGGUAGCCACACAGAAUCUUGUGAGUUUUGUGGUAUUUAGGAACUUCAAAAGACAGUGUCUGGCAUUCUAACAUUUGGCUCAAACUGUAAAGAAACAGACUUGUUUAGCCAAAUGCUGCCCUUUGGGUUUAUGCGAGACACGUUUUAUCGUUGGCUGUAUAAGUUGCCUGAAUUCUGUUGGACAUUUCUGAGUCAGACUUAUUAGCUAAAGAGUUUAGAGUUCAGUUCUUGUUUUUCUCUAAAGAUAAUGAACAUUUAAAUUUUGUUUUUAAAUGGGGUGUGGUAGGAUUAUUAGUGAUUAACCUUAGUCACAAGAUGGAGGAGACUAGAAGUGGUGGCCAGAGGAAUGUUGGUUAGUGGUGUGAUAUGUCAUGGUGUGUAUUAGAAGAAGGAAUGCAUGUUCUUUUUUCCUUUUAAUUCCACAUAAAUUUUAAUAUUUUCUUUUAAUUGUUCUAUGUAGUGGGCCUCACUGGGUACAUGAAAUAAAAAAAACUGAAUAAAAUAAAGCCAGUUGAGACUCAAGAAAGUCACAGGUUGCAUUCAUAUAUUGCAGUGGUUAACUGUGCUUUAUUUUCCUCCAUAAUUUUUGACUUUUCUAUUUUCAGACUUUCGACCUGUAAAUAAAUCUUCAAAUGUAACAUUUAAAAUAAUGUUGUAAAUAAUUUGUUGAAAAGGAUGUUAAAGACUUAAAGUUAAUUUGGAGAAAAUAACUUCUUGCACUGUAGUUGCUUUUUUCCCCCUCAUACAUGAGUGCUUGCUUGUUUGAUACAUUUUGUACAUUGUUGGUGAACGGUGAAGUGUUCCAUGUCAUUUGUACAGUGUCCACUGCAUGCAAGAAUUCCCGAUAAGUUUGAACUUUGGGGCAAAUACACAAAAUUGUCUUAGUUUUAUCAAGCAUUUAAAAAACCCAGAAAUAUUAGGUCAGGUGUGUGAUGAUGAAGUUAAGGACCAAAGUUUUUCAGUCAGCAUCAGUAAGUCAGAUGAUAAAGUUGCUGGGUUAGCUAGUAAAAUAAAGAAAAUAUAGAUGAAAUUUUGCAUAUUUUAAACAUGGUGUUAAGCCUAGCAUUUCCCUUCUAGUCUUGUAGUGCUGGACCAAACUUAUCUCAGAUAUGUCUUUUAGGGAGGGGCAGUGAUUAGGAGUUUUAAUGCGUUAGUGGUAUUGCAUAUAAGCGUUGAUAUUAAGUACAUACAUGAGGAGAGGAAACAUUUGCCUUGCAAUGACUAUCUGCAUGAGAAAAUGGUUUAAUGGAGUCAGUUUCAAAACAUUGUUUGACAUGAUUUGUGGCUGGAAAUGUUUCCAGAAAUUUUCUUUUGAGGCUUCUGCUGCUAGAUUUUUUUGAAAAUAUUUGAAUCAGUGUUAAAAAUGUUUUGUGCUUGUCCAGAGAUUGAUGAUUAUAAAAACAACAUAUUGUUGUAUGAAUAUACAGUAAAUGGUAUGUAAAUGUGAAGAAUCAUGGAGUACGUGGCAUUUUUUUCUUUAACAGUGUGCACGUGUGUGGCAGGCAAGGUUUUAGUUUGUGCAUGCAUGUUCAUAUUCAUUUGUGUGUAUACUUUUAUGCCUUUUCUUUGGUCUUGUGACUCUUCUUCAGAUUGUGAGACUUAUAUAAUACAAGAAGAAAUAUAACAAAUUGCUAAUUUGA